AUGCCUUCUACGACUGUGUAUCUGUCUCUUCUGGUAGCAGUGGUGUCUGCUGUGCUUUGGAACAAUUCGCGAAAGCGUUCGAGAUUGCCACCCGGCCCCACAGGCCUACCCAUCAUUGGAAAUGUUCUUGAUAUGGCUGUAACGGACGUGCAUGUCGCUGCUCGAAAAUGGUCGGAGGACUAUGGUGACGACGUAAUUUCGGUUGCAACCUUUGGCCACCCCACAAUCAUUCUGAACUCCUCCCAAGCUGUAAAUGACCUUCUUGUCGGCCGUGGCGCCAAUUAUUCAUCACGGCCACAUAUGCCUAUGAUCGUCGACUUAGUAGGGUGGGACUGGACCUUCGCUCUGAUGCCUUACGGGCCUGUAUGGAAGGAGCAUCGCCGAAUCUUCCACAACCAAUUCAAUGCCACUAUCCACGAGCAUCGUCAAAUUCAAGAGCCUGCCGCUGCCGAGCUGCUCCUACUCCUCCUCCGAACGCCUGAACGCUUCCUUGACCACCUAGAACACUACACUGCACGGAUUAUUAUGCAAAGGGUGUACGGAUACACAGAUUUCAAGGACGCGAUGGAAGACUACUUCGUCACGAUUAACAAGCAGGCAUCUGAAUCUACUGCUAUUGCGACGAUGCCUGGCACAUUCUUAGUCGACACUUUUCCCAUUUUGAAAUACGCCCCAGAAUGGAUGCCUGGUGCUGGCUUCAAGACGAUUGCCAAGAAGUGGCGAGCACUCCAGGAGAUAGUCAGAAACAAGCCUUUCAAGAUGGUUCUGGAUCAAAGAGCUACAGGAACCGCCAACCCGUCUUUCGUCAACACUUGUCUUGAGGACCGAAUGAUUGGUGCACCGGAUGCGUUGAGCGAAGAGGCCAUCAAAAACAUCGCCGCUGUUGUAUACGCCGCAGGGAGUGACACGAAUCUCGCUUCUCUUACCGUCUUCGUUCUUUCGAUGAUGAUGCACCCCGAGGUUCAGAAGAAGGCUCAGCAAGAACUCGACUCCGUCCUUGGCGGCGAGCGGCUGCCAACUUUCAACGAUAUCGACCAACUUCCUUAUCUAUGGAACGUCAUGAGAGAGGUCUUCAGAUGGAUUGUCGUCUUCCCAUUCGCCAUCCCCCAUCAGACGAUGAAAGAGGAUGUUUACAAAGGGUAUUACAUUCCUGCUGGAGCAACUGUUAUCGGAAAUUCAUGGGCGAUUCUUCACAAUCCUGCUGUCUACCCUGAUCCUGAGUCAUUCAAGCCAGAGCGGUAUGAAGACAAGAACGUCCCUGAUCCUAUCGAUAACGGCGUCUUUGGAUUUGGGAGAAGGUCAUGCUCAGGAAAGGCGAUGGCUAUCGAUACCGUCUGGAUUGCGAUGGCCACGGUUCUCUCCGCGUACGACAUCUGUAUGCCCGUAGACGAGAACGGAAAGCCCAUCGUCCCAGAAGUUAAAUUCCGCCGAACGACGAUCAAACAUGUAGCUCCUUUCAAAUGCGUGUUCAAAGCGCGCUCUAAGGGCGCUGUCAACCUGAUGAAGCAGGAAGUCGAACGUUUGGUCCGUGAUGGAAGUCUGCCCGCUUUUGUCUUGUAA